ACGAAGGUUUAGUCAACAGGCAUUUACCAUAUUCUCUGUGACUCUUAUAGAACGAUUGCUACCAAAGAUAUCAUUAUAAUGAUACCCAUCUACCUGAGGCUUGAAACUUCAAUUGUUGUACCCACAAUGGUGACAGUGCUCUGUACGUACAAAAAAUCUUGUUGGUCUAUUCGGAGUUAACUUCGUAGCAAGCAAAAAUGGUCAACGAAACUAGCGCAGCAACUAAAAACAUUUAUUCAGUUUCAGGAGAACAAGAUCAGCUGUUCGGGGCGACGAAGGGCCGCUCUCACGCACCUUCAGUGUUCGGGGAACUGUUCGGGAGAAAAGAAAUGAAGAGGAAGAGGAUCAGGAAGAUGAACAGGAACAGGAACAGGAACAGGAAGAGGAUCAGGAAGAGGAAGAGGAAGAAGAAGAGGAAGAGGAUCAGGAAGAGGAAGAGGAUCAGCAAUCGCCGAGGCCAUGUUGCACAUCAGAGCAACUGCAAACAGGAUCUUAGUGCCAGUCAGUUUCAUGGUAAAGGCUGUUCAACUGUUCUGCUUUGGCAAACACGAGGAGUCAAGUGUGGCUGCUGGAGAAAGCUUCCGGCUAUUUAUGUGUCUCCUUUGCUUCGUUCCUUUGGCGAUGAGUUGCCAUUUCUCUUAUUUCUGCCCUUGAUUCUAGAACAGAUAAUUGCGUGAGACUGUGUUGAUAUUGUAUUAUUGAUAGCGGUGAUAAUGGAAUGGAAAGGAAUGGCGAAACAUUCAACAA